AUGCCAUGGGAAAUCCGCACCCAAAUAUUCAGCGAGUGCAUCAAGAGCCGCUCCGUCAGCCUCUUGUACGCCAACCAGCAGCACUAUGCCGAGUUCCGCCCUCUCCUCUACGAAAAGUUCGUCCUCUCCUUCGUCAUCGACCCGUCCGCAACCGACUCCCAGGUGGACAUACUCGGCCAAAACGGCCACAUCGUCGAUGCUGCCUCCCCACACCCCGACUACGCCAGUAUCAUUGAAGACAUGCCGACCGACCAGUUUCGGAGGAUCGAAAUCUUCAUCGACGCACCGGAUCCAGACGACCCGGCCCAACUGGUCAGGGCUUGGAAGCAGACCACGGGGCUGUUUGCGGCGUUGUUGCCCAGAUGGAAAACCGCACGGUCACCCAUGACCGAGGCUGAUGUUCAAAUCCCCAGAGGUCGUCGUAGUAAGACUGCUCUUCUACCACCCAUCAUCGUCCAGUUCCGGGGGAAAGAAGGACAAGACAAGAAAUGGACAUCCUUUCACCCUUUCCUUGAGCGACGGGUCUGGAACCAGAGCGUUCCAAGCUUCAAGGACUGGGACUCGGAGAUGGGAACGACGCCGAUCAAACACGAUGGGAUGCAUUCCGAUCCUGAAAUUAUCAUGACAGCCUUCCUCCGGGUCCGGGGAGUUGCCUCAGUUAGUUUCCACGUCCCCGGUGAAGUUGAAACCCCCCCGGAAGAGGUUGCUUUCUUGAUGAAAGAAGUGGACCGAUUCACUGAGGAGCGGAAGCCGUUUGGCCUGUUCUGCGAACGGGACAUUUACUAUAACGACUACAUGAUUGGCAUCGCAGAGGACAAUUUCCACCUGUGGCUGGACUAUCUUCUCGACGACAUGCAAGGCCCCAGUGCCGCACUCGUUCGCCGCGAGAGAGCCGAAACCUGGUGCUCUGAGUACGACCUUUUGAUGAGGGAGAGACUGUACGAUUGCUCACUCUGCGAUAAUCUGCAAGAUCACCUGGAGAAACAAUAUAACGACCGAUGUGUAGCCGGGAUCCUCCUGACAGCGGCAAUCCUUGUCCCUUCUGGCUCGCGAGGACUCGGUCAAUACAGAGGAGAAGAACAGUCGCAGCUCACGGCGACGACAAAGGAAGGACACUGGGGCUUCUGGGCCUCGCAUUUUCCUCGAGGCGUCGCGUGCAAAACGGACAACGAAUUGUGCCCUACGGAUGUGCCGACGAGGACGUGGAGGACGUGGCUCGCAGACGGCUACAGUUCCAUCACGUGCACCCAUUGGUCCCAGCCCGUGUUGGGGCGUCCACCUUUUUUCAUGUGCCCCGUCUGCGGCGACCAGGAUGCUCAAAAGUAUGACGAGGACAAUAUUGCAGACAUGUACGAGGAGGAACAAGAUCUUUUGGUUGGGUACCUGCAAGCAAACUCAAUCAUGCCGGUAAGGUUGGAGGAAUAUGACUCAGACGACUCCUUCUAA